ACCGAAGCGCCCCUUCCUCCGGUACCCAGUGGCUGACGGGCCGCGUAGAGAGGAGGGAGGGCUCGGCGGGGCGCACUUCCUGGCCUCUGUGCCCUUGCGUCCCGCAUUAGUGAGCGGGCGCCCGGCCCUCACCCACGGCCGCGGGCGGCGGCUCGGGCGCGCCCUGGUCUGCGGGCCGACGUGAGGUCACAUGCCGGGAGUCCACGCGCCCUGACAUCAGGGCUCCGGGGCGCCGUGACGCCAUGACGGGCGCGGGCAGGGCUCCGGAGGACUGAGGCUGAGAAGCCCGGGGCGCCCACCAGGCUUCUGAGUUGCAAGCUGUCAGCUGUUUACAGUUGUGGAACAGUGGGUCACGUAUUAGGUUCCAAACAAGUGUUGGGACUGCGAUUGAAGACACUCUUGAGUUAGGAGACUGAGUCAAGGUAAAAGGUUGGGAGUUCGGCGAUUGGGCAUCUGUUCUGCACCUACAGCAAUAUUGGAUGCUUGAGCAGAAAGAGCACCCUCUGGAAAUCCCAAGAGAACUCCCAUGAGCUUCCAAAGGAUUGUGAAUGAUGAAAAGAACAAAGCUAGCUACAUGAAACCAAGUCUCUUUCCUUCAUCCUUUCUUAUCAAAGCACCAUCUCGAAAACCUUUUGGGGUCCUUUCUCCAAAUGUUCUGUACAGUAUGAGUGGGAAGAGUCCUGUAGAGAACAGCUGGAAUGUUAAAGCCAAAAAGUAUGUUCCAGCUGCAACAAUCCACCAGGGUGAAGGAGAAAGUCCACUUGACAUCUGGACUGUUGUGAAACCUGGAAAUACCAAGGAGAAAAUUGCAUUCUUUGCAGCAAACCAGUGUAACAAUAGGAUAGGAGUUAUGAAAAUAAAAAGCACCUGGGAUAUCGAUGGGAGAGCUAUUAAAAGAAGAAAAAAAUCAGGGGAUCUUAAAAAAGCCAAGAUACAGUUAGAAAAUAUGAGGGAAGUCAACAGCAGGUGCUACCAGCCUGAGCCAUUUGUUUGUGGUAUUGAGCACUGUUCUGUGCAUUAUGUGAAUGACAGUGGGGAAGGAGUCUACGCUGGGAGGCAUCUGUCAGUUAUACAGAUGGUUGCCUUCCUUGAGCAAAGAGCCAGCGCUCUGUUAGCUAGCUGUGCGAAAAACUGCACCAACUCACCUGCCAUUGGGAGGUUUUCUGGUCAGUCCAGAGGCAUGCUCCCAGCCCCUGAGCCCUUCUCUGACCCAGGAGCUUGUGAAGAACCCCUAGAAAGGGGAAAUCCUGAGGUUGGAGAAUCACAGAGUGAGCCAGUUCGUGUCCUUGACAUGGUAGCCAGGCUGGAGUCUGAGUGCCUGAAGAGGCAGAGCCAGCGUGAGUCUGGGAGCCUGUCACGAAAUAACAGCUUCCGGAGAAAUGUGGGCAGGGUGUUGCUUGCAAAUGGUAGUCAGGCUGAUGAAAACAAAACAAAAAAAGAUGUACUGGAGGCACCUGACACACAGAUGAAUUCCACACGGUCUGUCUCUGUGGACCAUGGCCCUGUAAGAGUUGACCAUUGUUCUUCUACAGGGAACUGGGCCUGGGACAGUGCUCCUCAGGAUUGUGCCUCACUUCAAGCCAGAGUGACUUUCUGCAUAAGCAGUGUAGAAUUACAGCUAGGUCAGAAAACUGCCAUGAAAGGCAGCAAUAGGCAUGACGUGGAAGUAACAGAUGAACUACCUUUUUCUUCUCACACCUGUCCCCGACCCACUGAAUUGCCCACAGAUGCUAUUGUUUGUAUGAGUGCAGAGCUUGUGCCACUCACUAGUCAAAAGCCUGGUGAGAGAAAAGUUGAAUCUUCAUGCAUUAGCAUCACUGUGACCAAGGCAGAGGAAGGCCGGCAGUCUUCUUGCUUAAGCUCCCACGAAGAUCCACUUCCAGGAAUGUUGUUCUUUCUGCCCCCUGGUGAGCAUCAGUCGGAUGGCUACCUGUUGAAUGACAGCACAGCUCCAGAGUACUCAGAGGGUAGCCAGCUUGAAGGCACUGCUGAGGAGAGUGGUGCUGAAGAGAGACGUGCUUCUACCAAGUCACAUAUACUAGCAGCCUCUGCAGUGGAACGCACGUUGCCGGCACUUCAAGCAUCCACCUGGAAGAAGCAGGUGUCUCAUGACUUUUUGGAGACCAGGUUUAAAAUCCAACAGCUUCUGGAACCUCAGCAGUACAUGGCAUGUCUACCCCACCACAUUAUGGUGAAAAUUUUCAGGUUACUUCCCACCAGGAGUUUAGUGGCUCUUAAAUGUACCUGCUGCUAUUUCAAGUUUAUCAUUGAAUACUACAACAUUAGGCCAGCAGAUUCACGUUGGGUUCGAGACCCACGCUAUAGAGAGGAUCCGUGCAAGCAGUGCAAGAAAAAAUAUGUGAAAGGGGAUGUGUCCCUGUGCCGCUGGCACCCCAAGCCCUAUUGCCAAGCACUGCCCUAUGGGCCUGGAUACUGGAUGUGCUGUCACCGGUCUCAGAAGGGUUUUCCUGGCUGUAAGCUGGGGCUUCAUGAUAAUCACUGGGUCCCUGCCUGCCACAGCUUCAACCGGGCAGUGCAUAAGAAAGCAAGAGGGAGUGAAGCAGAAGAGGAAUACUAAAGGUCAGGUGAGAGACAAUAAGCAAGACUGAGUUAAAACCACAGGACACCUAGGCAAAGUGUUGCCUCUCAGUGUUCAUGGAGCACCUGCACCUAUUCCAUCAGUACUGCCAUUGUUCAUUUAUUUUUAAAUUCUUAAUUUAACAGCUCUGCCAGGCAACUGGUCUUGUGAUUUUAUAGGGAGCCCUCACACUUGAUCCAGGGUGUAAUUAUGCUUGCUUUUCUGUCUGUCCUUGAAGGAUACAGACUUGGCACCAUCAGGGACAUUCAGAGGAGUUUACUGCAGGCUCUGCUGCCAGUCCCCAGGCAGCGCUUACAUGAAUGUUUUUAGCACUGGCACUAUUUUUGAAAUGAGUAAAUAGUUCCCUGUAAGAACAGCAAGGCCCCUGGAUGAAAAGUAUGCCUAAAAGCAAAAGUCAAGCACCUUACCUUAAACCUCAUAUGCUUGAUCCCAUGAGAUUGGCAUUUGUGGGUGGAGAUGGACUUCAUGCCCUGUGGUGUUUACAGUGUACAUAAUGGUUGUGUCUUCAUAGGGCUGUGAAAGUACACAUUAAACCUGAGCGCCUUUACUUUUAAUAAGUGCUUUGCCCCUCUGUAUAUAACACUCUUAAAAUCCAGUUGUAUAUGAUAGAAAACGUAAAACAAACAAUAUAGACAUCACAAUGCAGCUAGAGUAGUGUUGCAGCUAUAAUUGUGUUUGUCUCAGAAUUUGUACAUCUUGUGUAAAAUAUGAAUGUUUCCAAAUAAACUAUGAAUGUUUUCUGUAUAAUAUAUGAAUGUUUCUGAGAAGAAACUAAAUAGGUAAGGGGUUAACCUGUUUAAAAGGUACCAAAUAACAACCUAACUGGACGACCUUAAAGUUAGCCUACAGAAUCCUUAUAUUUUAGUGAUCCAUCAAGAAUAAGAGAAUAUUACAUAGUUAGAUUAUAAUGUCUUGUCUACUUUAUCCUUUCUGUCUGGUUACAUUUUUGUUUUCAAACUUCAAUAAAAACAUCUUGAUUGCA